CCAUGAGGAGCUGCGUUUUGGGACCUACGAGACGUUAUUAUUGAUCAAAUGGCUUUUACCAGAAUCAGAGAGAUUUUGUAAACAAUCUCACCAGCAGUAUAUGAAGUAUACAAAGGGGACGUCAUCUCCUUCACUUCCCCUCUGCAUGUUAAGCUGUAAGUGGGCGACAUGGCAACCGGAGGCACUCCUUUUGAUGAAAGUGCAGAAGAGCUGCACAACUGGACUGUAACCAAUGGCAGUCUGGAGGAUAGACUUAACAAUCUGGACUGGGGUGUUCAGCAGAAGAAAGCCAACCGAGCUUCAGAGAAGAACAAGAAGAAGCUGUCGGCUUCAUUGGUGGAGAGCCGCCUGACUAAUGAUAUUUCGCCAGAGUCCACCCCUGGGGCCUGUCGCAGGAGAGCACGCACCCCUCAUUCCUUUCCCCACUUCAAAUACACCACCCAGAUGUCUGUCCCGGACCAGACCGAGCUGGACAAGCUGCGUCAGAGAAUCAAUUUCACAGACUUGGAUGAGAGGAGCAUCGGCAGUGACUCCCAGGGGCGUGCCACGGCUGCCAACAACCAGCGGCAGUUAGCUGGAGAGAACAAGAAACCCUACAAUGUCCUACCUCUGCAUGUCAACACUAACAAAAGCAAGCAGCUGCUCCCUCCCUCCUCAUCUGCCCCAGCCACACCAGCUAUCGCCAAGGAAACUAAGAAGCAAAGCCCCGGAUUCAGGGAUAUGUUAACCCCUGCGGUUCCUACCAAGGAUACGCCGAGGCCCAGCCGUGGUGGCACUGAGAGAGGACCCCUAGCGCACAGAGAAUACAGCAGAGAGCCGAGAAUAGACAGCAGCCAGGUGGUGAGCAAACUGGUACAGAUCCGGGAGUACAUCAGUAAGGCCAGCUCCAUGCGGGACGACCUGGUGGAGAAGAACGAUGUGCCGGCCAACGUGGAGCGUCUCUCCCAUCUCAUUGACCACCUCAAGGAGCAGGAGUCUUAUUUACGGUUCCUGCAGAACAUGCUGACGCGCAAGGAUGACAAGGAUGAUGCAGGGACCCUGGACUCUGCAGUGGGCUCGGGUUCACUAGCUGAGAGCACUUCUCUUAACAUUGAAGUCCGUUCCUCGGAUGCCUCAAAUGCAACGGGCGGUAGGCAAGAAACGGUGCGAGCUGACCAGAAGGAAGAGCUCGAGAAUCUGCGUAAGCAGCACGAGUUGCUGAAGAAGAUGCUGGAACAGCAGGAGCAGCUCCGGGCCCUGCAGGGCAGACAGGAAGCAAUAAUGGCCAUGCAGGACAGUGCGGAGCAAGCACUUGCUGUGAUUGAAGACACUGUUGUCACAGAAACCACGGGCAGCGUUUCAGGCCUGAGCAUCACAUCAGAGCUGAAUGAUGAGUUGAACGAUUUGAUCCAGCGGUUCCACAACCAGCUACAUGAUUCUCGGACUAAAGCAGUGCCAGACAACCGUCGCCAGGCUGAGAGCCUUUCCCUCUCCAGAGAAGUGGGCUGGUCGAGGUCUCCCCAUGCCGUCGGGCCACCUCAACACAGGCCUCUCCUGCACUCUGCAUCUGGUCCCCACACUGGACUAGACACGGGGGAAACAGCUGCCAGUGCCAAACUCUCUAAGCUCCAAGAGCUCCAAGACAAAAAGCAAACCAUGGACAAGAUCCUGCGGGAGCUGCAUUCUCUUCGAGACCAGACACUUAACAACAACUCAUGUCGUGGCUUGUCAACACGGUGCAGUCUGAGUAUGGGAGGUCCUUCACAAUGUCCAUCUGCUCUCUGCUCUAAUGGGGCCUCAGCUCCCACUCCUUUACAUCCUCCACGCACACAACACCAGGACGGCUCCAAUUCCACAGACAAGCUCAGGAAGCUAAAGGAGGUCCACAAGCGUUUGAAUGAGCUGCGGGAGUUGGUUCAGUACUACGAGCAGACCUCCGAUAUGAUGGUGGAUGCGGUCAAUGAGAAUGUGAAAGAGGAGGAUGACGAGGAGGAGGAAGAGGAAGAAGAUGAGACCGAGGACGGUUCUAUGUUUGAGGUCGUGUUUGACUCUGAGAUGGAGAACCGCCAGCCCAUAACAAACAUCAGAAACCCGCAGCACAGCGGGAACUGGACCGACCUGAACAGCCUGACCAAUAGGCGCAGUGUCAGGAUCAGCGUCACCAACAACCGCGAAGGAAGACUCAACACUUCGUGUGAGAUCAACAACCGGUCUGCAGCCAACCUCCGCAGCCUCAACAUCCCCUCAGCCAUCGUGUGCCAGUACAAUAGGGACACCCCCUAUAAUCAGGUGAAGGAUGAGGAUGAGGAUGAAGACCUAGAUAAUGAUGAAGGGCCACAGGCUGUGGCGGCCGACAGCGAGGCAUCGGGAUCCAGUCGAAGGAGCAGUCUGGGGAACAAUGGCGGUUUUUCCCAGAAGGUUCAUCGGCACACAGCGAAGCAGAAACUCCGGCAGCUUCAGGAGCUGGUGGCCAUGGUUCAGAGUGACGACACUGAUGGCACAACAGCCAAUGAGGAUGAAGCUUUACACCAACAACAAAAUAAUACCAGAGCUACUGUUGUUGGGGCGUCUGGGAACAGAUCGAAACCGAAUCCCAGAGAACUCACACUCUCCAGCAAAGCCAGGGAGAAGCUGUAUGAGGAGAAGCUGCGUCAGCAGAGGCUGGAGCUUAAGCAGCUCCAUGAAGAGCGCCAGAGGCUCGUUGAAAUCCAAGGCAAGAUUCAGGAUCUGCAGUGGGCCUGCCCUGACCUCCAGUCAUCUGUGUCCAGCACGGUGAGUCAGCAGGGCUUGCUGCGGACGGUUCCUGUUGCAGUUUCCACUCCGGCCACUGUCCUGGCUUCCUCCUCCUCUGGACCCCAAAUGAACUCGGCCGCGUUAAAUCCCACUGCUGCAGAAGCAGCUUCUGCUUCAGUCACUGACAAUGAGCAGCUGUGGUCUGAGAUGCGUCGGCACCAGAUCUUGCGGGAGGAACUGCGACAGCGCAGAAAGCACCUCGAGUCCCUGAUGGCUGAACACCAGAGGCGUAGAGGUCUCGGUGAAUCUCCUCGGCGGAUGGAUGACUCGGAGGUCCUUGCUACUCCCUCACAGUCCGUCAGUCGGGAUGAAAGGACAAUGGCUACUUGGGGUUCCACUUCCUGUCACCUUGAUGAUGAGGAUGAAGAAGGUAACGAUGAUGAUGAAUAUCACUCUGAGAUGGGUGCAGAGGACGAAGAGGAGCAGGAUGAAGGUGUAGAAAGCAGCUCUGAUGACGACAUCCACAUCUACUCAUCCAGCAGGAACCAGUGCGCCUACAGUGACCGGAAGAAUCAAGGAAGCAACCUGAAGCCUCCACCAGCCUUCUCGGGUGAAGGUAGUGGGAGUCCGUCUCUUCACGACAAGACUAAGGUCAAGCAGAAACGGCAACCGCCGUCCAGAAGUCUGAACCAGUCUGCAACGAGCCAGCACGGAGCUGCCCGGCGACAGGAGAACCUCCGCUGGGCCUCUGAGCUCUCCGUCGCAGAGGGAUCGGGUCAGUGGCAGGAACAGGUCAGCCAGCUGCAGAGGCAGCUGGACUUCAGCACCAGCAUGUGUCAGACACUCAUGCAGGACCAGCAGACACUCUCUUAUAUGUUGCAAACCCUGCUGACGGGUCAGUACAGUGCGUUACCCAACAACCUGUCAUCGCCACAGGUCCACCUGGUCAUGCACCAGCUCAACCAGUGUUACACCCAGCUGGCCUGGCAGCAGACCAACGUACAAAGACUGAAGCAGGUCCUCAAUGACCUCCUCCAGCAGCAGCAGCAGCAGGCUUCCUCUUCAACAGCAGGAUGGCAGAAAAAGAAGCAUGGCUCAUCCCAGGAAUCCAACUCGGGCAUCCCGGCCUCCCCCGGUGUCUUCCUCCCCUUCUCCUCUACCCUGCAUCCUUCAGCCAACAGCAUGUCAGCUGCUGCCUUAUCCCCUUUCCCUCCGAGCUUUAAUUUAUAUCCACUCUUCCCUGCUACUAUGGGCGAGUUCCCUCAGGGUGCCGCAAGUCAGGCAAUCCCUGACCCCCCAAAGCAGCAGCUAGACCCCAACACCUCAAAUAAAACAGAGUACAUGAGUUUCCCUCCUCCACUGCAACGCUCUCCUCUUAACAGCACCACAGAUAGAGAACCGUCUAGCUGGCUUAAAACCGCCAACGCGAACAACAGCGUCCAGCAUCAUCGAUCCAAAGCGGAGCCCCAGGAGUCUCCCUCCUCCUCCCCCGCUUAUGCCAACCGCCACACCAGACCGCAAGAAUUUGACCGGGCAUCACAGGAGAGCUUCAGCAGCAUGCCUGAUCCCGUUGAUCCCACCACCAUCACGAAGACUUUUAAGGCCGGGCGCAAGGCCUCUGCACAAGCCAACCUGGCCUCACGAAGCAAGACGCCCAAUCCCAAGAGUCGCCGCAAGAGGAGCAAAGGGCACAACAAGAACAGCGAAGGCCACAAGAGUGACAGUGUUAGCAGCACUGCAGACUUUGUCCAGAAGAGGGCAGCCCUGUCUCACCAGAAGGAUCAGAACAAGAGUCUGUUGGACAAGCUGACUCGAGAGAAACUUGAGAGCAAAACGAAGCUCGGGAACAAAAACGACAUCUCAUCCGCCUAUGCUUGGAGAACACCCUUCCUCUCUAACAGAAUUGCAUGCACAGAAGCACCAGAUGCAAGCAGCGACUUCUCCCUGUUCGAGGCACUGAGGGAGACCAUCUAUUCUGAGGUGGCGACUUUGAUAUCCCAGAAUGAGUCCCGUCCCCACUUUCUCAUCGAGCUCUUCCACGAGCUGCAGUUGCUCAACACGGACUACUUGCGGCAAAGGGCGCUGUAUUCCCUCCAGGACAUAGUGACCAGGCACCUGGCAGAGAAGAGUGCAGCUGAGGACCAGUUGCCCCCUCUUGGUUCUGUGGUGUGGCCUGCAGGCUCCCAGUCUGAGCUCACGCCCAGUGAGAGUUUGGGAACCAGCGACGCAGAAGUCGUGGAGAAGAACUUGAGGCUCACACAGGCCACGAUGAAGAAGAGGGAGGAUGCAGAAUCUGUGGGCAAUGCCAGCACCAUGUCAACCUCCUCCAACCUGGAACCGUUUGCUAACGACAACCUGGGCAACACAGUGAUUCAUUUAGACAAAGCUCUGGCCAGGAUUAGGGAGUAUGAGCGCAUGAAGCUUAAAGCUGAGUUUAACCCCUGCAACGCCAGCUCUGCUGAAGUUUCUUGUGCUGAGCAGCCUUCUGCUAACCCCGCUGAGCCAGUGGAAGGAGGUGCAGCUAGUGAUGUGCACUGUCCUCAGAUUGACACCCAGCAGUUGGACCGUCAGAUCAAAGCCAUCAUGACAGAAGUCAUUCCCUUCCUGAAGGAGAACCUGGACGAGGUGUGCUCCCUCCAGCUGUUAACAUCUGUGCGCAGCAUGGUCCUGACGCUCACCCAGCAGAACGACGAAAGCAAGGAGUUCGUACGCUUUUUCCACGGACAGCUGGAAGGCAUCCUGCAGGACUCUCUCAGUAAGUUUGCGGGCCGAACCCUGAAGGACUGCGGGGAGGAUCUCCUGGUGGAGAUCUCAGAGAUCCUCUUCAAUGAACUCGCCUUCUUCAGGCUCAUGCAGGAUCUGGACAACAGCAGCAGCAUCGCCUUGGCAGCUAAACACAAACACAAGAAGAGGACUGAGCCAACCAGUCGGGCAAAGCACGGCCUCAAGGAAAAUACAGUAGCUGGUGACGAUAAAUCAACUUCUCCAGGCUACACGGAUGAAGACAAGGACCAAGAUGAGGCCGAGCAGGAAGUCACCCUGCAGGAGCUCUACCUGCAAACGGAGAGGAAGAACAGCAGGAGCAGUGCAGCUUCAGAGGAGGAGGAGAAAGAGGAGGAUGAAGAGGAUGGACAGGGAAUCCCUCUCUCGAUCAGUCUGUCCAAAGCAGAAACUCAGGCCCUGACCAACUACGGCAGCGGAGAGGACGAGAACGAGGAGGAGGAAAUGGAGGAGUUUGAAGUCGGACCCGUCGACGUGCAAACGUCCCUGCAGGCUUCAGCCGACGGACAGGUGGAGCAGGAGGGAACGACACUCGGCGAAACCCAGGAGGCCAAAGCUGAACAGAGGACUUCCGAUUAUUAUGACGGCGAAAUGAACAAGUCAGUUGGGACUGUGGCCGCCGCAGUAGAGGACCCUGACAUGGCAGAGUGCCAGCAUCCUGAAGAGGAGAGUGGCCUCGGGGCAGCCGCGGCCUCAGAAGGAAGCGGCCACGAGGUCACCGCUGACCAGGACGUCGUCAAGGAGUCCAACGCCACGAGCAGCCCCGACACGGACUCCCCCGUCAUGGUCAACGUAGACGAGAUGGGCUCGGGUAACACCAGUCAGAAAUCUGACGAGGACGACUUUGUGAAGGUGGAGGAUUUACCAUUACAGCUCCGAGUCAUGUGCGAGGAGGAGCUCCAGAUGAGAAUAGUGGAGGAGCAGCAGAACAACAACCUGUCGGUGGAGAUCCUCAAUGGGAACGCCGAAUCGCUGACUGGGCUGGUGGGAAGUGCUCAAGCACUGAAGGAACCAGGCACUGCUGGAGACCAGAGUGUGUAAAGAUUAAUGCCGAUGUCUCAAGAUCUCCCGCCGUUAGCGACACGAUGCUUGCACCCUCAAUCGGCUCUGGCUGCGCGGUUGUUGAUUCUUUAUCUGCUAGUUUAAAGGAGCAAAGGCUCAUGUUAUUGGUCACGAGUUAGCUGUGGCUCGAAAACAUCGACGUGCAUAAUCAACAUUCAUUUUAUUCCUGAACGGUUCAUGGGUAAUCUGGGGGGGGGGGGGGGGCUCAUCUUUAUGCUGCUGAUAACGACAGUUGAACCUGUCCGAGUCAUUAUAGUCCGGAAACUCUGGGUCAGAUUCGCCUUAGUCUCCUUGGUUCUGGGAUCAGUUAAACAUGAGUCGUGAUUUUAUUUUAUUUUUGUCCCGGCCUUAUCGUCACACAGCUCGUUUAUUCUGCGCUCGGUUCCGAAUGAUAAGGAGACGAGUGUAGACGGGCCGACUUUAGCUAACGGUUACUCGAGCUUGAACACCGUUUUCCAUUACAUCAGAGCUCAAAGCUCAGAUUGAACUUUUAUCCCUUCAGAUGCAUCUUUAUAUACGGUUCUGUUCGUAUUUAGUUGCCAUUGAUUUCCAUGUAAUUAAAAUGUUGACUACAGUAAUAAGUUUUAAAUAAUAAAAUGCUUGAAAGUUUCAAA